UUUUCAUCCGCGACGCACGCGCUCCAGCAAACGGUUUUGUGAUGAUUGUGGCGAGCUUUAGCAGCCUUACCGAUAACGUGGUACCGAAGUGUAACUGACGAGAUAAAAGUGGUGUAGUUUUCGUUUGAUAGUUUUCCCUUCCUCCUGAGCUCUAAGUGAAGUGAAGCGCUACUUUCUUCUCGGCUGAUAAUUGCAAGGAAAACUUCGAAAUUGGAUACCAAGAAGCGGAAAUUUCGGGCUGAUGUACUCCGGCAUUCGUACCUUAAGCGAAUGAAAUACAAAAACAGUCUCGGGCUCAUUGUGCAGAUCCAGUUCAGAACGUUCCUCCAGAUCAAAGAAAGUCCUCACCGGAAGCGAGGCUUCGGCGGAGAUAAACCUGCUGCCAUCUGGGAAGGUUCUGGGUGUCAGCAGAACGAUACCAACUAAAACGCACCACAAGAUCGAUCGCUCGAUUGCUGGCUCCCCUCCCUAAAUCAACUGACACGCGGUGCGGAAACGGAAAUGUAAAUCAAACGCCGUGGAGGAGCAAUUGAGAAGCCAUAUUAAUCCUUAUUGACAGUAUUAGAUAAGCCCAAAAUCUGUGUGUGUGAACGUGUUUUAAGAAAGUGAUAGAAGCUAUACAGUUAAAUAUAGUACUACCGAUCGAUACCAAAAAACAAACUUUUGCUAGUUAGUAGUGUGAGAUUUCUCCGAAGGAAAGCGAAAAAAAAAAUGAUAAAAAUAGUUAUAUUGAUCAUCACCCUCUCCGGGUGGGCGGCGGCUUCUACGGUGGACAAUCAGGGCCACAAUGAGUGGCCAGAAUGUGGAAGUGAGGAGAUUCUGCAUCGCGGUAGCUUUUCACCGUACGAUUAUUCAGCCGUUGGGUUCAUGUUGGCAGUUUCGCUUGGAAUCGGCGUUUUCUACGGCUAUUUCGUGAAGCCCAAAAAGGAUGAUGCCGAUCCCAAUUCAAACGACUUUCUGCUCGGCUCUGGCAUGACGGUUUUCCCGGUAACGCUCAGCCUCACCACCAGUUUUAUUACCGCCAUCGAAUUGCUGGGAAAUCCAUCGGAAAUGUUUUUCAGCGGAACUCAAUAUGCUCUGAUUGUAAUCUCCGCGCUGCUGGUCAUCCCCGUCGCCACCAAAAUCUUCUUCCCCAUCUACUACAAGAUGAACCUCACCAGCUGUUACGAGUAUCUUGGAGUGCGGUUCGAUAACAAACUUAGAGUUUUCGGAGCGGUUUUGUAUAUUUUGCAGAUGUCGUUCUACACGUCGGUGGCAGUCCUGGCGCCCGCGAUCGCUCUCUCCAAAGCAACAGGUCUGGAUACGCACGUGGCUGUUGUUCUGAUCUACUUCGUCUGCAUCUUCUAUUCGUCGCAGGGUGGCAUGAAGGCUGUCGUUAUUGCGGAUACAUUCCAGGCUUGCGUCCUCGCUCUCUCGCUCGUGCUGGUCGUCGCAUUUGGCUGGUACUACACCGGAGGCCCGGCGGAAAUAUUCUCACGCGCCGAGGAAAACGGACGCAUUGAAUUAUUCAACCUCAGCACCAAUCCGACCACUCGCCACAGCGUAUACUCCGUGAUAAUCGGAGGCUUUUUCUAUUGGACUUCACUGUUCUGCACCAAUCAAGCGUCGGUUCAGAAAUGUAUGUCAUUAAAAUCGCUAAAAAAGGCAAACAUAACAAUUUGUUCGGCCAUUCUGGGGUUAGUUCUGGUGUUCCUGUUCAACUUCUACACCGGGCUGAUGACUUACGCCCACUACGCGGGCUGUGAUCCGCUGCGAGCCGGAAUGAUCACCGAGAAGGACCAAUUGGUGCCGUUCUACGUGAUGGAUGUGUUGGGCCAUGUCAAGUUCAUGACGGGAAUUUUCGUGGCGGGAAUAUUCGCCGCUAGUUUGGGAACCGUUGCCGCUGCACUGAACUCGCUGUCGGCCGUCACGUGUGAGGAUCUGCUGGUGACUGGAUUCGGAAUGAAGAUUCCACAGGAGAAGGCAUCGCUGUACGCAAAAUGGAUGUCGCUGGGAUACGGUGUGCUGUCCUUCGGGCUGGUGUUUGUGGUGGAACGACUCGGCGGAAUCCUCCAGGCGACCCUCACCCUGAACGGUCUGAUUGGUGGCGUGACGUUGGGCCUCUUCUCCCUCGGGAUCUUCUUCCGCAGUGCCAACAGUAAGGGUGCCCUGUACGGAGGAAUCCUCUCGAUGGCAUUUGUCAUCUACAUCGGAAUAAUGGCACAAAUCAACGGAGUACCGGUGACACCGCUGCCAUCCUCACUCGAUACAUGCAACUGCACUCAGUCCUCGUCAGUGCCGUCAAUUUUGGACCACUCCCGUGAGCUGCCUUUCGACAAUCCAGUGAGCGUUGCGCUGGUAGAUUUGGGUCCAAACGGAGGCCUGUCAACCGCUGCUGGAGGUUAUCGAGUGUUUCCUGCUGCCAAUUCGAUGGAAAUUAUGACCCGCUCGACACAGGAUGAUUCCCCGCUGGCCGCCGUGUACCAUAUCAGCUACAUGUGGUACUCGUUCCUCGGGACGUUCCUGACGAUUCUGUUCGGUUUUAUCAUCUCCCUGAUGACGGGAGGUCUCUGCCUGAAGAAGCAAAUGAGCACCAAUCUGCUGCCGACGACGCUACGGGGUCCCAAGCAGGAUGAGAAAUGCUUGAAGGCGCUGAGCUACAGAAAAUCGGUCGAGGAUACCCACCCGCCAUCGGAGUCGCUGGAGAAGGGAAGAAAAUCAAUUACGAAAGAUAGCACCAUCCGAAUCCAGAUCGGGGCGCCGUUAACGAUGAUGAUGAAAACCAGCGUUUCUUCGUCCGAUGGAAAAAAGCAGCAGCAGCAGCGGGAGAAGGAGCUCGAGGCGAACGGAAGCAUUCCUGAUGAAGGUAACAUAUUUUCAAUCGAAGGAUAUUGUAAUCAACUUGGGGAAGAUCUUGCCUCUGAGCUGCCGCCGCUAUCGGUCCAGGUUUGUCCCGGCAAACUGGCGGUGAAGGUGGAACGUGAAAGGUUUUAAUUAUAAAUUUUUCUGUCAAGCCUCAAUCAGGCGGCGCAAAUUUUGAGAACUAUUUUCGACAAUUUUUUAAACCACAACCAACCAUGGUGUUAUACACCUAAAUAUUAUAUAUUUGAGUAGCGAUGUAGCAAUGUUUGAGUAGUUCAGUUGUUUGAAGUUUGAAACAUUGUUUAUAUUUUCCUAUAAAACAUUCCUAAACAUUCGCACCGUAGAGUUAUGAUCGAGCAGAGCAUCAGAGAGGAGGUUGGCAAUCAAUAUAGGUAUGUGUCGUUUCAUCAGUCAUUAGUUUCCUUUUCUGAAUGCACUCUACCUGAAAUAAUCCGUCAGCUCCAUCUUAUUCUCCCUUUUCCCAGUUCGAGCCUUACAUUUGUACAAAGGCACGAGCAAUCAAGCUAUCGCAAGCAAGUGAGUACAGAAUUUCCAUUCCAGAUGAAUUUAUCUUCGAAAGCAAUAUAUAGAACGAAACAUUGAAAUUCUCCUCGCUCGAUGGUAGAAGUGCAUUCGAUAAUUAUGAGUUGAAUAGUUUUUAAUUAGUAAGCUGAGGAUAGGAAAUUAUAUAUUUUGAUGACCGGAUAUUAUCAGGGAAGUAAUUUCAGCUUUUCGUAUUUAUUAGCAUAU